AUGUCUCAUUCAAGGCUGGCCUCUAUUAGUUCGUCCAUUGCUUCUACUACAGCCCACCACAACCAUCCACAAUCAAUUGGACCAUGGAAAUUGGGUAAAACUUUAGGAAGAGGGGCUACUGGAAGAGUAUUGUUAGCAACACAUCAAUCUACUGGACAAAAAGCAGCAGUCAAGGUAGUUUCUAAAUCAGAACUAAGAGAAGAAGAAGAGGAGGAAGAAGAUGGUGGUGCCACUACUACAGCCAACAACAACAAUGGUGAAGGUUUACCAUAUGGUAUAGAGCGAGAAAUUAUCAUAAUGAAGCUUCUUACGCAUCCCAAUGUGCUUAGAUUAUAUGAUGUAUGGGAAACUUCUAAAGCUCUUUAUUUGGUAUUGGAAUACGUUGAAGGUGGUGAGCUUUUUGACUUGUUAGUUGAAUUGGGCCCUUUACAGGAACCAGAGGCUAUCAAAUAUUUCCGUCAAAUAGUUCUUGGUACUGCUUAUUGCCAUGCAUUGGGUAUCUGUCAUCGGGAUUUAAAACCGGAAAAUUUAUUAUUGGAUGCUCAAUUGAAUGUCAAAUUGGCGGAUUUCGGUAUGGCUGCAUUGGAAAGUAAUGGUAAGUUGCUCGAAACUUCUUGUGGGUCACCUCAUUACGCUGCUCCUGAAAUUGUUAGUGGACUAAAAUACCAUGGAGCUGCUUCCGAUGUUUGGUCUUGUGGGGUUAUUUUAUUUGCCUUGUUGACAGGGAGGUUACCAUUUGAUGAUGAAAAUAUUCGUAAUCUAUUGCUUAAAGUUCAAGCUGGUAGUUAUGAAAUGCCUGCGGACGAGAUUAGUAGAGAAGCACAAGAUCUAAUCAUGAAAAUGUUGGAAGUUGAUCCAAUCAAGAGAAUCACCACAGAAAACAUCUUAAAACAUCCAUUGUUGACUAAGUACCCAAUUUCAAAUGAAGACUUGAUUAGUGAGAAAUCAUUACCACACCCAGAAACCGCCCAUAAAUCACUUGGAUCGGUGAAGAAUAUUGAUAAACAAAUUUUGUCCAAUUUAUCUAUCUUGUGGAAUGAUAGAUCAGAACAAGAUAUUAUAAAAUGCCUUUUACUGAAUGGUCCAAAUCCGGAAAAGACAUUUUACGCUUUGCUUUUGAGAUAUAGACAUUCAAGUAAUGACCAGCAACCUCCUACAAAAUCCACCAGCUUUGACAAUAAGAUUAGCAGGAGCGCGUCAAUAGGAAGAUCACCAGCUGGUAGAAAGCGUACUAGUCAAAUCAGUGUAUCAAGGCCAACUUCAUUUCAAUACAAGAAUGGAUUUGGUUCAAGUGGAAGCAAUACGAGCAAUAACAGAAUCGCUCAUGCAAGGCUAUCUGCAGCAUCGUCAGUUAACAAUUCUCCUAGAAAAGUUGUCAAAAAGAGACAAUCUUUUGCUCGUUCUCCAUCUGGCUCACCAACCAAGACUAAAUCAAAACAGCCUCCAUCAUCUAAUAUUAAAGCUACACCUCGUAAUAUUUACGAUGACAUUGUUAAAUCUCAAAGCACCCAGUCAGUGGCACCACCAUUACCUUCAAAGGAUUCCUAUUAUAAUGACAAGACCACAGCUUUGCCAAAAUUGGCUGAAAAUCCGGUUGUUGACGAAUCACCUAAUUUAUUGCAAUCGGCUAAAGCACCAACUUCCAAGAGGUCAUCAAUGGUGAACAAGAAUACCAAUAAUAAUAGUAAGAGGUUGUCAAAGAGAAAGUCCAUACGUGCUUCAAUGACGGCUGGAUUAAAGAGAAAUUCUAUAACCAUGAAAAUGUUGUCCGUUUACACCAAACUUGCUGGUGAAGAUGAUUGGGAAUACGUGGAUAAACAAACAAAGAGAACUUCAGCAGCUUUUGCUGCAUUGUGUGAUAAAAUUUUCAAUCAAGAAGAUUACAAUAAAGAAGAUGAAGAGUUGGUUGAUCCAGACGAGUUGGAAGCUAGAGAGUAUGAAAGGUUGAUGGAAAUUGAGCGUAAAAAACACGAAGCUGAAUUGAAGGCCAGAAAGGAAUUGGAAAAGAAAAAGAGAAGACUGAAAAGAAGGUCUUUGCUCAGUUCAAGAAAGCUCAGUAUUAUUGUCAAGGAGGAUGACGAACAACAAGAUUCACAAAUGGAAUCUAUUAAUGAGCAAGAAAUUACUCAACCUAAACGUCAAUCGAAGCAUAUGGGAGCCUUGCGUGCUUUAUCUGAAGGACAAGCUAAAUCUGAUGACCUUACUAUGGAAGAUGUUGAACAAUUGAAAAGAAGAUCAGCAAGUCAACCGGUGAAGAGAAGAACACAUACUCCGAUAUUAACUAGGAGACCAGUAUCCAGACUUGAUCCACUUUGGCAAGCCCACCAUAACGAGAAGAUUGAAAGAGCACAAGAUGCAUUGGAGAACGAAUGGAAGGGUAGCAAAAAGAAAGAUGAAGAAGUCAAGACCAAGAAGAAGAUCAAUAGAGAGUCAAUGGUUUCUGUUAUGGACGAUAUUGUCGAAGAUGAUGGAAACAAUACAGGCAAAAGAAGGCCAUCAAAGGAUAGCUAUUAUGAUGAACAUGAAGAUUUCGAAUUGCCUGAGCCUGACGUUGUUGAUUCAAACUUGAGUGAUGAGUACAUGUCUGAGAUUAGAAAAUCAAGAUUACUCAACAGCCAAAAGAGUCUCAACAAGAUUGCUGGUAACAAUGAACAAAAGACUUUAAUCAGCGGUGUCAAGAUACCGAAUGUGACGAGAAAGUCUAGGCAUUUCUCCAAUUCUAACAAAAGGCUAUCAGUGUUGUCCAUGUACUCCACCAAGGAAUCUUAUCGUGAUUUGAAUUCUAUUAUUGAAUCACAUGUGCCUGAUAAGGAUGAUGAACCUCCAAUACCACCAUUGAGGACUAGUUUUGCUGAUAGGUUGGAUAAAGCUGGAUUGCCAGAGGAAGAUGAAGAUGGUGAGCUUAAUGACGGUCAUUCGGUAAUUGACUUUGAUCAACAUUUGGCAGAUAAAAGAUAUUCAUACUAUGAUUCAUCUAACAAGCGUGUAUCGCGAGCUUCAACCACUAGGAGAUACAGUAAAUCAGCCAGACCUGAAUCAAAAGUACCUGCGUUGCCAACUGAUGACUCUGAAAACACGUUCAACAGCAAGGGUGAACCAACUGGCAAGAAGCAUCACAAGACUGCCUCUGAUGGUUCUAGUGAUACCGAUGAUGUCUUUGAAAAGAUAAAACUACCUGAAGGAAAAUCAAGCAAAUCUUCUAUUGAUGCACUUGCCAAUGGUACUUCCACGUCAGGUCAUAAGCAAUCCAACCAAAUUAAACAAAAUUCUAUUAACGCCCCUGAAAAGAAGCUUCCACAUGAAACGUCACAGCCAAUGUUGAAAGUUCGUGAUCCAAAGCCAAAUACCGCCAAUGCACCACCUCCUCCUCCACAUAAGAAACCGUUGGAUGAUAAAACCAACAAUUAUUCGGAACCUAAUAAUACCAAACCAAGAAAAGGAUCAUUUUUGAGGAUGUUUUCAAGGGGAUCAAAAAAGAGCACCGACGAAGGGUCUAGAUCAACCAACAAUAAUCAACUUCCAAGUCCAGUUGAAUCACAUGAAGAAAAACCAAAAUCUUCAUUCCUUCGAUGGUUUUCGUCAUCGUCUGCCAAUACACCAGUGCUAGACUCUGAAAUUAGAAGAUUUGCUACACUUUUACCUAGAGAAGAAAUGUUGUCUGCAUUAUUCACCUUACUUAAAUCAUGGUCAAAUUUUGGCCUCAAAGAUUUGAAAAAUGAUUCAUUGAGUUAUACGAUAACAGGCGCCAUUUCGAAAUAUAAUUCAUUUGAUUUGAAAAGUUGUAAAUUUAGAAUAAGAGUGGCACCAAAAGAUUUGAAUCAAAAAUCAGAAAUUAUAUGUGCUAGAAUAAAAGGGUCAAAAGUGACUACUGAUACUUUGUUUAAUGAAAUUGAAAAAGUGUUGGAAAAAGAAGGUGUUAUGGAUAAAUAG